CCUCUCGCUUUAUUAGCCACCCUGAUGACGUGUUUCCGGUGAACUGUCAAACUUGCGGGCUUGACGUCAGUCGACGGGACAGACUUGGACCAAAACCCGGCGGACCGGCAGUUCAUAACUUCGGCAGACCAAGGCAAUCGAGAGAAAUGUCUUUUAUAUUUGACUGGAUUUACAGGAGCUUCAGUAGUGUCUUACAACUAUUAGGGUUGUACAAGAAGACGGGCAAGCUAGUGUUCCUAGGACUCGACAAUGCUGGAAAAACAACUCUACUGCACAUGCUCAGAGAUGACAGGCUAGGACAGCACGUGCCAACGCUACAUCCAACAUCUGAGGAGUUGACCAUAGCUGGAAUGACCUUCACGACAUUUGACCUCGGAGGACACACACAAGCACGAAGGAUCUGGAAGAACUACCUCCCAGCCAUAAACGGUAUAGUGUACCUGGUGGACUGUGCUGAUCAUGAGCGACUAGCGGAGGCUAAAAUUGAACUGGAUGCCCUGUUAACAGACGAAACCAUCUCAAACGUCCCGGUUCUCAUCCUGGGGAAUAAAAUAGACCGUCCAGAGGCCAUCAGUGAGGAUGCACUCAGAGGAAUGUUUGGUCUUCAUGGUCAUACAACUGGAAAGGGCAAAGUGUCACUGAAAGAGCUGAAUUUAAGGCCAAUGGAGGUUUUCAUGUGCAGCGUGCUGAAGAGACAAGGAUACGGAGAUGGUUUCCGCUGGCUCUCCCAGUAUAUUGACUGAUUCACCCUUUUUUUAAUAACCUUAACCAGAUUUACAGUGCCGCCUGUGCACACAAAGACAAGUUCCACACAAGACUACCUGCUGUAGAAAGAGGUUUGAUUAAAUAUACCCUAGGACUGUGCCAGUAGGAAAUGUGUUUUCAGUUGUGUUUUGUGUUAAUAUAUCCUGUGUUCAAAGAAGUUAUAUGUUAUAUGAAGUCACUACCACCGCAAGUCAAAGAUUAAGUCUUCUGUCUGCAUUGUUCAGAUUGAGUGUGGAGAAUAAUCUUCAUGGUGUGGUUUCUACCUUUACUUAAAGCCUGUGGAGAAUUCUGUCUGCCAUAUAGAACAUGUCAUCGCCGUGAACCAGAUUCUGACCCGGGUUUAUUUUUAGCUGCUGGUGUAGACUUACAGUGAAUGUCAGUUUGGUUAACACUUUGUAUUUGGAGUUACUCUUCCUUGAUGUUAUAUCUUCAUAUUCAACCUCCUUCUUUCAGACUACUGGGAAUCUUGAAUUACCAUGAACUUUUUCCAAGAACAGAAUAGUUUUUUUCUGGAAAGUGCUGCAGAGAUUUGGUGCCAUAUUUAUUCAUGAGAGAGAUUUUAAUACAGUAGUCUGCUACAGCCAAGAAUAUUGAGAGUUUUUUUCUGAUUGCAUGUUUAAAAAAAAAAAUAAAUCAAUGAAGGGUUAACCAAUACAGGCCAAUCAUAUAAAUGUGACCACAAGUGCAUUAACUGACGUUUUACUGAGAUAAGCUUUAGCGAAUAGCACAGAACAGUGUUAAAUAAUUGCAGUAUGUUAACUGCAUUAGCACAGCCAGGUGAUGUAACAAACUAUUUGUCCAUAGUGAGGAAGCCAAACUACCUGUUUUCAUGACGGUUAUUUGCUGUGAAAUGACUUGAGUACUUUGUGAUUAGUAGCUGCUCACGACAUGCAGUGAUAUUAUGAGAGUACUUGGGCGGUGCCUAAAAAUAUGGCAUGCAAAAGAUAUGCAUGGAAUUACCUCUUAGUGCAAUAUUAUACAUUAUUUUGUAUAUAAGCUCUUAUUUAUAUUUUGCUAUAAAAAAAUCUGGCUUGCCUUAUGUUACAUCAAGCAUUGAGUCCUGAAUUAAUGUAUCUGUUACGAAAGGUAGGUCAUAUUGUUAUUAAACGUGUGAAGUUUGAGCAUAAUAAACAUUUUUGACAAUC